AUGACGGUGGCGGCUUCACGACCAACCCAGCCAGCCCCAGGGACGGCGCAGGCCCCCAUGGAGAGACAGUGGAUGCAGCCCUCGCACCCUUCGGCCAUCCGUGUCGUCUCGUCCAGGCUGCUGCUCAGCUCCGGCGCAGACGAGAAAGCCGCCUCCUUCUGCCUGGCAGCCGUGGCAGACCAUGAUAUCCCAGCAGACAGCCUGGUAGCCCGCAACACGUCCACCACGCUGGCCGCCGUCAAGGCCUACUCGACCGUCCAGGUGUCCAGGGACAGACACAUCGAGCUCAACUCAGACCUGCUGUACUGCAACCACUCGUGCGACCCCAACGUCCGCUUCGUCACCUCGACGCUGGCCAUGGACGGCCACAGCGGCCAGGCAGAUGCACCCGUCUCGGGAGCGCUGGAGGUCUGGAGCACCAGGGCGAUCCCGGCCGGCGAGGAGCUCAGGUUCUUCUAUCCCAGCACCGAGUGGGAGAUGUCGCAGCCCUUCCGCUGCUCCUGCGGCGCUGCGCAGUGUCUGGGCUGGGUCGACGGCGCGAAGAAGACGCCCGCUGAGGUGCUGCGCAGAUACUGGCUGAGCGACCACAUCCGGGCCCUUCUGGAGGAGAGAGAGGACCGUUAG